UUUGUGUUUGUAAAAGGACGCCGUGUUUAAUUCGUGUUCCGCGUCUUCUUUAAUAAGAAAUUCUAAUAUAAUAAAAAAAGAUUAAUAAUUAUCAACUACUCCAAUACUCUUUGCUAUUAAAUAAUCAUAAUUGAUAGUGUUUUAACUUUGACUUUCAGUCAUUUUUUAACAUUUAUCGUGAGUGUACGCCUGUGUAAGGAAGAAGAAAAAACAGCGGUUAAAGUGUUGAAAAAAAUUAUCCGUGUGUUCUCUAUACUACAAACCAAAAAUCAGACACAAGUCUCUGCUUGAUAAAAGAAAAAAUAUAUAAAAUAAAAAAAAAUUAAUAAUUUUUAAAAAUUAUUAAAAUAAAAAUUCUAAAAAAAUAAAAACGAAUUUUUACUCAUUUACCAAAAUAUAAAAAAGUGUGUGGAUUUAUCCCGAAAAAAAAAUUAAAAAUAAAUUUUUACAAAAAGGAAUAAAAUAAAAAAUAAUUAAAAAUGGCAGCAGAAACCGAAACUAAGCCCGUCGUCACCGAGGAAGAAAAGAAGGAAGAGCCGGCCAAGGAAGUUGCCGAAGCUCCCGCCGAAAAGAAGGAAGUCACCGAGGAGGCAGCCAAGUCCGAAAAUCAUACGGAGGCACAAGCGGCGCCAGCUGAGGCCAAGAAGCCCGCUGAGCCCAAGCCCAAUGUGCACAAAUUGGACUUUGAGAAAGACACCGUCUACUUGUACCAAUUCUCGCGUACUCCCUUGCUCCCAUCUCUCUCGCCCUACUGCUUGAAAGUCGAGACAUGGUUGCGUCUUGCUGGACUGAAAUACGAGAAUGUUGAUCACAAGACCAAAUUCCGCUCCAAGAAGGGACAAUUGCCAUUCGUUGAGCUCAAUGGUGAGGAAAUUGCCGAUUCUGCUCUCAUCCUCAAGGAGUUGAGCAAGCGCUUCGAGAAGGACUUGGAUGCCGGUUUGACGCCCGAGCAAAAGACAGUGGCGCACGCAACAGUCUCCAUGAUUGAGAAUCACUUGAUCUGGGUCGAGGCAUGGUGGAGAGCCAAGAAUCCCGAUUUGAUGAUCAAGGGAUACAAAGUCAACUUGCAACACGCUUUGGGAACUCGUUUGCCCAACGGUAUCUUGAACUUCAUUUUCAAGUUCCACUAUGGUCGCAAGCUCUCAAAGAAGGUCAAGGCUCAAGGUAUCGGUGUCCACUCUGCCGAGGAAAUCGAGAAAUUCGGCGAAGAAGAUUUGAAAGUGUUGUCUGACUUGUUGGCUGACAAACCAUUCUUCUUCGGUGAUGAACCAACAACCCUCGAUUGCGUUGCUUUCUCAGUAUUGGCUCAACUCCACUUCUUGGCUGAAGAUGUCAAAUACCCACUCAGAGAUUACCUCACUGAAAACUGCCAAAACUUGAUCGGAUUCGUUUCGAGAUUAAAGGAACGCUGCUACCCAGACUGGGAUGAAAUCUGCACAAAAUUAGACUUGAAUGCACAUUUACCAAAACCAGAGCCAGAACAAAAGGAAAACAAGGAAGGCGAUGACAAGGAAAAAACCGCUGAACAAGAUAAGAAUGACAAGAAUGAAGAACUAGAAAAGGAUAAGGAUAAGUCCGACGAGAAAACUGAGAAAACAGAAAACAAAGAUAAAGAAGAAGCCAAGUAAAAAGUUUACACACGCAUACUUUCCAACAUAAGUAUAAAAUAGAACAAACACGAUGAUAAAUUAGUUUUGACAUACAUAAGCAAGAUAAAAAUAAUAGGAAUACGAAAAAAAAGUAUAAUACAAAACAAAACAACAACAAUAUUAAUAAUAAUAUAUAAAUAAUAAUUGAACAACAAAAAAAAACAUCAAAAAAAAAUCAUCAAUCAUUUAAAUGUAAAAUUUUUAUUAUAUGUAAUAACUUUAUUUUCUGUUUUAAUUAAUUUAAAAGCUAAGAAGGAAAAGAAAAAAUUAUUAAUAUUAAUAAAAAAAAAACGAUUUAUUUAGAAUUUA